UCGUGGACGAGGUGUUUGCAGGCCGAGCCAGGGCCGGCGUGGGCAUCAUCCGUCCCCCGGCCACCACGCCGAGCCGGACCACCCCCACGGCCUCUGCUUCUACAACAAUGUGGCCGUCGCCGCCAACAGGCUGGGAUGCCAAGGGUGCUGGUGGUGGUCUGGGAUGUGCACCACGGCAGCGGCAUCCAGCACGUGUUUGUGGCCGAGCCGAGGGUGCUGUACGUGUCCCUCCACCGUCACCACCACGGCCUCUUCUUCCCAUCCUCUGAGGACCCAAACUACGACGAGUGGGGACGCGACCUGGCCAAGGCUACAACAUUAACAUUCCCUGGAACAAGAGUGGCAUGGGUGACGCAGAGGCUCUCACUCAGGUGGUGCUGCCCGUGGCCUUCCAGUUCAACCCACAGCUGGUCCUGGUCACUGCCAGCCUUGAUGUUGGUGCAGGGACCCACUUGGAGGUUGCCGGGUGAGUCCUGGUUGCUGUGGACAUAUGAUGGCCCUUCUGUCUGGCCUGGCCAAGGACCGCAUAGUUCUGGCACUGGAGGGCGGCUUCAACCUCACCACCAUCAGCUACUGUAUGACGCUGUGUGCCAAGGCCUUGCUGGGGGAUCUGCUGCCCCCCCUUGAGCCCCAGCUGGUGCCCAACAAGUGCCGUGCAGACCACCAAUGGUGUCAUCCGUACCCACAGCCGCUACUGGCUGGCGCUCUGCUUCAAGAAAGAAGAAGCAGAAGAAGAAGAAAAGAAGAGAAGGAAGAGGAGGAGAGGGUAUAUGUGUGUGUGUGUGUGUGUGUGUGUGUUAUAUGGACAGAAUUUAAACUGAUUUCUUUCAACAUAUAUUUUAUUAUUAUUAUUGAAAGACAAACUUCUCUUCUUCACUUCCUCCUUCUUCUUCUCUUUCAUCUUCUUCUUCUUCAUCUUUUGUUGGGGUUCUGAUAGGAAGAGAAAUAAUAAAAAUAAUGAGAAAGUAUUAGCUCUAUAGAGAGAGAAAGAGGGGGGGGGGACCCAUAUAUGUGUCUGUGGAGGCAUGUGUCUGUGGGGGUUG